AUGUCUAACCAUCAUCAUCCCUCGCCAACUAAACAGCUUUGGCUCCCUAUAUCCCUAGAGGAAGUUACCGCCUCAUGGCUUACUCAAAUACUCGGCCAUAAGGUCAAAGCUGUCGAGCAUACAAGCUCGAUUCUCAAAGCGAAUGCUGGCAAGCUUUUUAUCACUUUGACUUGUGACGACGAUGUAGAUUCUAUGAAGUCUAACGAGAAGAACCCUAAGACGGAUAGACCGAAUAAACUCUGUAUUAAAGGGAGAGCAGUACUCGAAAAAUACUUCACGUCCAGGAAUCCCAAGUUUCAAUGCCUAGUACACGGUGAUGCUCACAUCGGCAACACAUUCCUUAUCAAAGGAGAACCGCGAUUUCUCGAUUGGCAAGCAGUUCAUAUUAGCUCUGCCUUCCACGACGUGUCGUAUUUUAUAGCUAGCAGUUUGACCGUCGAAGACAGACGAGAGCACGAGAUGCGCAUUCUCAAUCACUACCUCGAUGAGUUGAAUAUAUACGGCGGUGCAUCCCUCUCGAGCCAGGAUGAAGAUCUUAUGGUAGAGUAUCGAAAGUCCAUGCUCGCAGGCCUGGUUUGGCUCUUGACACCUUAUGAGUUGCAAAAGGAAGAACGCAUUCGUGCAAUGAUCGAACGGCAAGCUACGGCCCUAAUAGACCAUCGAGUAAUCGAGCUUAUAGAAUCCCUGCCUGAUGCGGAAUAG